CGUCAGUCUUCAUUAAGUAACCGUGCGGUUAUAAUGUUUAUUCUGUGAUUUUAUUUAUUUUUACUUCAGAGAAAUCUGAGAUGUCGCCACUCCCUUAGCCAUGCUAAGCACGAAGUGGCUAGUGCUGUGGUCGCUAUGGGCGAUGCGGUCGAUGCGGCAGCCGACGGCGCCGGUGCGCGUGCGCAGCGGCCUGCUGCGCGGGAGCGUCGCACGCGAUGGCUCGCACGUCUCAUAUCUGGGGAUACCGUACGCCACGCUACCGGGACAUAGUAGGUUUCAGGCACCUGGCCCAGAACCAGUUUGGGAUGGCACAUACGAAGCUAUCGAAGAUAAAAUAAUGUGUCUUCAAUGUCAAAUGAAUCCUUUUACAGGAGAGUUUAAAGAAAAACCUGUAGGUCAAGAAGACUGCUUGAUCCUGAACGUCUACACACCCGCCUUCCCUUCAGAUUCCAUGCUGCCAGUGAUGGUUUUUAUACACGGAGGAGGUUUCAUAGAAGGUUCAAGCAUUCCUAUACUCUACGGACCAAACUACUUAGUGCCCAAAGGAGUAAUUUUAGUGACUAUCAAUUACAGGCUAAAUCUUUUAGGAUAUCUCAAUCUAGGAAUAGAAAAUGUCCCUGGCAACGCUGGCAUGAAAGAUCAAGUGGCAGCCCUCAGGUGGAUUCAAAAGAACAUUAAAGCUUUCGGAGGGGACCCAGAUAAUGUCACAAUUUUCGGUGAAAGCGCUGGUGGCGCUUCGGUGUCUUACCACUUACUGUCUCCGAUGUCCAAGGGAUUGUUCCACAAAGGCAUCACCCAGAGCGGUUCAUCUCUAUGUCCCUGGGCAUUCCAACAGAAUCCAGCCCAUAAUGCUUAUCGAAUUGCAACAAUUUUCGGGUACGAUACGAAGGAUCCCCAUGAACUGUACAAGAUUUUUAACAAUCUGCCGAUAUCUAAACUAAGAGAUAUUAGGUUUCCAAAAGAUUUAAAGCAGACACUAUUUUCCGAACUUAUUUUCGCCCCUAGUCUUGAAAAGAAUCUAGAUGGUGUUGAAGCUUUUCUGACGGAAAAUCCGCACAAGUUACUGACAACGGGAAAUUAUACCAAGGUUCCAUUAAUUAUAGGAUCAACAGAUGAAGAAGGUUAUUUCUUCGUAGGUGUAGAUGGUGCAGUAAUGUCUGAAUCUAUCCUCGACUUUGUACUCGCUAUGCCUAAUAAUAUUGAAAUUUCGUCAGAGUCUGACAAAAAAAGCGUUGCUAGAGAAAUAAGAAAAAUGUAUUUGGGUGAUGAGUUACAUUUAGCACCUGUGAAGAUUUCGGGUUACUACGGCGAUCCUUAUAUAAGUUACCCCGUUUUGGCUGAAACUGAGUUAUUGCUUAAGACAUCUGUUAAACCUAUCUACAACUACGUGUUCAAGUACAGUGGGUGGCGGAACAUCGGAAAAGCCUUUGCGGGAAGAGAGUUCUGGUCUGAGCCGGGCGCGACGCAUGCAGAUGACCUGUUCUAUUUGUUUCAUCAGCCCUUCAUGAGCUGGUUGGCGUUGCUUGACAGGGAAAUGAUAGAGAAGAUAACGACUUUGUGGACUAAUUUUGCGAAGUAUGGCGAUCCAACUCCUGCCACCUCAGAGCUGUUCCCAGAACGCUGGCUCCCCACCACGGCCACAGACCCUCGAGCCUUCGUGCUGGAUCAAGAUCAUUCCACCGUUCCUCUGUGGUUCAAGGACUCGCUUAAAUACUGGAGGGAAUUGUACUACAAAUAUAGGAAAUGAUUGUGAGUUUCAUAAUUGACAGUGUCCUACAUUGAAACGAUCGGUAGAAAUGUCGAAGUAGCGGUAACCGCCCAAGACCAAAGCUGACUUGGUGUCAAGGAACUAAGAGAUGUUUGGUGUCGAGACACUCAAGCCGUGCGGUAACCAGGGACCCAUAAGAUUAAGAGGGGCAACAGAGGUCCCUCCAAAAGGAAGUGCAAAGACUUGCGCCGCUAUUAGAAGACAAAAUUGAAAUACAGCACGGGAAUCCUGUCUGCGCGAUACUGAGAGGCCAAGGAUUGGAAGGAUGAUUGGUGUUAUUUAUUGAUUUAUGUUUUUUGCGGUUAGGUUUGGUAAUUGUAUUGUAAAACUAAUUAUUAUUCUUUGAAGAUAAAUAUUUUUUUACAAGCUUUUAUUCAACUUGCCUUGUUACAUAAUCCCAUAGUUUUAUUUCAUGAGUAACUAUCGC